CAAGCUUUGAGUCUCCAAAGUUUUUCGAUUUAUCGCACUGCGAUGGGUUAGAAAUCUGGUACGAACGCAAUAUACGCCAUUUGAUGACAUGACCGACCAAUAACUAUUUGACACAUGCAUUAACAGUACAAAAUCGUUUUUUUGUGAGAAGCUGCAGGUGCAUUUGGCCUGCAAUAUAAAAAAUCGUUUUAUUUUAUGUGUUUUGACGACCGGCCGUGCUAAAAUGGUUUUGGAUAUAGAAAAAGGAAUUCACUCAUCCAAUCGGAAUGAGCAUGUUGAUGAUGAGGAGAAAAAUAGUGGUGAUGAUGGCAUAACAACAUACGUGGAGAAUCUUCCACCGGAUGAACAGCAAUACAGGUGUUACAUUUGCAAGCAAUCAUUUUGGCUGAAACGCGAUCUAUUCAGGCACAAGCACAUGAAUACUCGUUGCAACAGAGAUGUUUCACCUGUGCAUGAAAUAUCACCACAUCGGAAAAAACCGAACGCAGAGGAGUCUGGAAGUACAGCGCGAACGAAAAAGGUGGGCGAUUCAAAGCGGGAUAAGCAAGAUGACGGAAAGGAUUGUACUCAUCUCGUAAAAAGCAGCACCGCUUCAUCAAAGAGCUCCUGUUCGGAGUAUUACACAGAAUUCAGGGACAAGAGCAAUUUGACCAAGCAAUUAAGGAUCCAAAUGAAGCCGUAUGAGUGCGGGGUUUGUAAGAAGAUUUUCAGGUACUCUAGCGGUUUGACCAACCAUCGUACAAUUCAUACUGGUAAAAAGCCGUUCGAGUGCGGAGUUUGUAAAAAAACAUUCAGUCGUCGUAACGAUUUGACUCGCCAUCUUCGGAUUCAUACUGGUGAAAAGCCGUACGAGUGCAAACAUUGUAUGAAAGCUUUCAGUCAAUCCAGCACUUUGACCCGCCAUCUUGGGAUGCAUAAUAGUGAAAAGCCGUUCGUGUGCGGGGUUUGUGACAAAGCUUUCAGCCAACGGGGCGAUUUGACUCGCCAUCUCAAGAUUCAUACUGGUGAAAAACCAUUUGCAUGCGACAUUUGCAAAAAAACAUUUCGACAAAAGGUGCACAUACGUCAACACAUGAAUGUUCACAUUCCCAACGGUAAAAAAAAAUUACAAGUGCAAAAAAGUGUUCCACCAACGACACAUUCUGUCCGAGCAUCGUAAAGACCAUGAAGAAGAAAAUUGAUCAAGACGUCGGAGGGACUUCGCGACUAUUUCGAGAUUAUUCAUUUAUGAUUGAGUGUUCGGUUUUAGGUUUUUAAAUUUUUAUUUCUAAUGUUUUAACGACGUCUGUAAGAACGAUGAUUGGAUUUCUGUUUUCAAUUAAAU